AUGGAAGAAAGCGGACAUAAACGCCCAGUACUGGUUGACGAUGGUUCGUUGAUUCUUUACUAUAAUCAAUAUAGUUAUUACUGCCAAAAGGUGGUGUGGGCACUGCUUGAAAAGGAUAUCAAAUUCAACAAGUACGAGGUGGAUGUCGUAAAUGAUGAACAAUUCUCUGAGUGGUUUCUGGAGCUGAAUCCUCGUGGAGAGCUGCCCGUACUGCAGAACGGGUUGCUGGUUGUUGCUGGAUCAACUAGAAUUUUAGAUUAUUUAGAGGAAAACUUCCCUGAAGCAAAAUCGUUAGCUUUACCUCGAGAUGUGGAGAAAAAGAUACAGCUUUUUAAAAGCACAAUAGAUAACUUACCGAUUGGAGUUAUCACAAUUGGUUCUUUUCUACACCCAAAAACAGUCGUUUCACCAAAAUCGCCCUUCGUACAACCAGUUCGUUAUACGAUUCUGGAACGUGAUGAAACUAUUAGCAAUCGAUUGCUAGCCUAUGCUGAAAAGUUUCCUGCAUUCAGUGACGUUUUGGAAAGAAAAGCUGAAUUCCACGAUAGAAAACGAGAGGUGCUAGCGACUGAACAGUAUUAUUGUACAUUGCUGGAAAGAUUAGACGACUUCAUGGGAGAGUUGGAGUUACAUCUCGCAAAAGUAAACGUCGAACAUAGCUGGAUUGUGGGCCGAGAUAUUACCCUAGUUGAUAUCGGUUUAGGCUGCCUAUUGUAUCGAUUAUACGUAUUAGGAUUGGAAGACCGAUUUUGGGCAAAUGGAAAGAUGUCUGAAUUGGCUAAAUAUUUUGAAAAAAUAAUGGCAACCAAUAGUUUUCAGAAUACACUGCCUACAAAGACCUCACUUUUGAAAACGAUUUGGCUUAAUACACCAUCAACGUAUAAAGCUGGAAUUGCUGCGUUCUCAUUCUCAUCGAUGAUAAUAGGUUCUACGUUACUGAAGAGAUAAAAAUAGAUGAUACAACCAGGCACCAUUUGGGGUGACACAAAUAUGAUGAAGUUUGAUAAGCCUUAAAUUGUU